CAGCGGCUGGUACCGCCCCCUUAACGCCAGCACGCCUGUGGCUUAAUCGAUUUGGAGGAUCAUCUUUCCUGUGGGAAGUACAACAGUAUGAAGACAGUGUAAACCCACAAACCACCUAUAUCCACUGGCUUCACAAUGGCAUCACUAACGGUUGGAGAGAAUCAGCUUCAGAGGAUAAUCAGAGACUUGCAUGAUGCAGUUGCUGAGUUGAGUAAGGAGCAUACAGACAGUGGGGAACCGAUCACAGACGACAGCUCAAGUCUCCACAAAUUCUCCUCUAAACUCGAAUACUUAUUGCAGUUUGACCAGAAAGAGAAGACAACAUUUCUGGGCAGCAGGAAAGACUACUGGGACUAUUUCUGCGACUGCCUGGCCAAGAUAAAGGGGGCUAAUGACGGGAUCCGCUUUGUCAAGUCUAUCCCUGAGCUGAAGACGUCACUGGGAAAAGGACGAGCCUUCAUCCGCUACUGCCUGGUGCACCAGAGACUGGCAGACACUUUUCAGCAAUGUCUUAUGAACCAAAAAGUCACUUGUGACUGGUACUACGCCCGCAGUCCCUUUCUUAAGUCCCACCUCAACGCUGACAUCAUCAACCACUUGUACGAGCUGAAUGAGGUCCAGUUUGAUGUGGCGUCCAGAGGAUAUGAUCUAGACUCGGAGUGGCCCACCUUUGCCAGGAGAACUCUUGGAUCAGCAGCUUCCCACGUGUGGAGACCGCCUAGUCGCUGCUCUAGUGUGAACAGCCUGGUCAGCAGCUACUCACAGCAGGCUCAGGAGUUCCUCCCAGGCCCAGACUUUGGCACCAGUUUGCUUGGGGAUCUAGGAGAACUAGGAGAACUCUCUUGUAGUGCUGCAGAUGACCUACGCAUUGAACUUGACCAGUCAGAGCUACGGCAGCAGCAGCUUCUAGAGCAGGUCCGUCUACUCACUGACGAAGCUGCCGAGUUAAGACAGGAAGUCAGUCAUCUCCGAGAGAAGCUACUCACAGCUGAGAGAGCCAGUCAGAAGCCACAUAAGGACAGUGACCAAUCAUCUGACUCGUUCAAGAAGCAGGAAGCAGAGAAAGCUAACGGGCAGUGGACUGAACAUCUUCAAGCUGAGACACAGGAAACAUCAAGAAACCUAGAGGAAAGACUUAGCAUUGCAGAGAACAAGAACAUGGAGCUGCUAGCUAAGCUAGAUGGGGCACUGAGUGAGAAAGGCCAGCAGGUGGCCAGCUAUUGCGAUUCAGCCUGGAAAAUCCAGGAGCUGCUGAGCAAGCUGAAAGAGGUGGAAGUGGAGAGGUUGGAAGCCAGGCGCGAGAGUGACGAUCGGGGCAGGAAGGCUGAGAGACUGGCUCAAGAGCUCAAGGCUCGAGAGGAGAAGCUGAAAGAAAGUGAGGAAAAAUUUGCUAAGCUCCGGGUGUCCACUGAGGAAGAAAGAACCACUGCACUUCGACAGGCCGAUGAGCUCCGUGCGGCUAUUAACCGUCUCCAGGGUGCACUGUCUCUGAAAGAGCGGGAGGCAGGGAACCUGCACACCCAGAUGCAGGAUGUGCAGAGUUCACUGGAGGCAAGAGAACAACAGAUGGAAAAGAUGAAAAAGGAGUAUGAGGAGCUGCACCAGCAGAGCAAUGACCUAAAAGAGGCACUAAAUGGUCAGGUUGUAUCGCUCCAGGAGCAGCUGAAAUCGAAAGAGACAGAAGUCUCAGUCAGCGGCCAGAAGGUCCAGCAGUUGGAAAACCAAAACCGAAGACUUUCCGGACUCUCUCAGAAGCUGGAAAGCCAAGGCAAGAAGCUUGAUGAGUACAAAACCCAGUGCGCCAGUCUUAUGGAGAUCAAUGCCAAAUUGCUCCAUACGGUCAAGAGGACUGAAGAGAGUGGCAGGGAGCUGGCCCAGAGCAGGGUGGCCCUGGAAAGAGAAGUGGCCACUCUAAAAGCCUCUGAGAAGCAGCUGAAAGAUAGGCUGGAUUUGGCAGGGCUUGUGGUUGAGGAGAGGGAGAGGAAACUCCUGGAGGACAACCAGCAUCUGGAAGAGAGAAUUCAGCAAGCCCAGAUCAAGAGCGAAACUAGAGAAAUGGAGGUGAAGAGAUUGGAGAAGGAGGUUGAGAAGCUUCAGGUUGCUCUGAAGGACAGACGUGAAGAGUUAGAUAAUGGACCUAGUUCUAAAGAGGCUGACUCACACUUGAAUAAUGUCAAAGAUGAAGAGGAACCUGAAACCAAAAAGGGAGAACGGCUGAAAGAUCUCUACCUAACCCAGAGCUUUGAGACUGGACAAGCGGCCUCUAGGCUUGCUCUGGCGGAGGCCCAGCUGGACCUGAACAUGAAGGAGGUCUCCAGACUUCAGGAGGAGGUGGUUGAGCUCCGCACCCAAGUCCAGGUUAGCGCUGACGAGAAGAUGAAGCUCCAGGCGUUGCAGGAAGUGACUGAAUCCUCCAGGGAGGACCUCCGUGCCCAGGCUGAGCAACUCAAGGCCCAAGUGGAAGAGAUGAACCGUCGGCACAUUGAGGAGCUCCUCCGCUGCCGCGAGAGAGAGGAGUCCCUGGCAAAGGAGCGGGACAGCGAGGCCCAGGCCAGAGCAGACCUCCAGGCUCAGGUGACCUCUAUGCGAGAGGAGCUUCGCACGCUGAAGAGGCAAAACAGUGUCCUGGCUCUGGAGAACGGAGAAGCCCGGGAGGCCCUGCACAGGGCUAAUACUGAAACGGCAGAGCUGGGUGUUCACGUGUGCAUGCUGACUGGCCAGAACGAGGAGGCCCAGCUGCGCUGGGAUGAGCUUUCGGCCAGGCUUCAGGAGCUGGAGGAGGAGACACAGAAGGAGACACAGACCCUCAGCCACUCGGUGGAGGCCCUGAGCAAAGACAACUCCCGGCUACUGGAGGAGUUGAAAGAAAAGGAGGGUCUACACAAAGCCAUUCAGGAACUGCAGGAGAAGUUGGAGGAGGCACAGAAAGAGUCCAGGAACCUGAGGGAAUGUGGUCAGAAAGAGAUGGAUGCUCUUCGGCUUCAGCUAAAUGAGGAAGCCACACAGCAUCAGAAUCAGAUGAAGGUUUUGAAUGAGGAGCUGCAGGGAGUGAGGGCUCAGAUGGACGCUAAGCAGGAGAAGGUGUCCACCCUGGAGACCAGACUAGCAGAGCUCGAGGCCAUUAACAGCAGCUACAGUCAGAUGAUUGAGGAGAAAACCACUUGUGUUGCAAACUCUGACGCGCUGCUUCUUCAGAAAGAAGAACAGCUUAACCAAAUGAAAGGGGACUUGCUGAAAGCUCAGGAAGAAUUUGCACUUGCCCAGAAAGCCUGUCAGGACCUUAGUGAGAACCUGCGUAGGAUUUCCUUGGAAAAACAGACAUGCGACUUGAAGACGUCUGCAGAGAUAGAUGAUCUUUACCGCACCAAAAGGAACCUGGAGGAGAGGCUUAUUGAGCUUAUUAGGGACAAGGAUGCACUGUGGCAGAAGUCAGACGCUCUUGAGUUUGAGCAGAAGCUGCGAGCGGAGGAGCAGACAGAUAGAGAUUUGCCCUACUGCCUUAGCUGCCACACGCAGUUCAGCUGGUGGCUGCGCAGACACAACUGCAAGCUGUGUGGUCGCCCUUUCUGCUACUACUGCUGCAGUAAUACAGUGAGCACCCAGCAGGGCGGCAGUAGAGAGCGCUGUUGUAAGGACUGCUACACUCAGCACAGUGCUGUGGUUGAGCGCCACCCUCAGGACGAGCUGGGCAGUCCUACUCAGCCAUCGUACAGCCCCAUGGCAUCCACUCCCACCAGAGCCAGCAUGCCCAGCGUCACAGUGGCGCUGCAGUCCCCCCGGCCAGACGACGCAGUGUUCGACAUCAUCACAGACGAGGAGGUGAACUGCAUCUAUGAUGGCAACUCCCUGCCAUACACCACUGCUCAGUCUCCUGGAAGCGGGCAGCAGGGGCUAGAUGAGCUCAGCAGUGGCAGUGCCAGUGGGGGUGAUGUCACUACAGAAGAGUCUGAGGAGCUGCUGGCUUCAGCGCAGGACGCAGAAAUCUGCCUGCUCAAGUCCGGAGAGAUCACGCUGUCUGUGCCAUUCUCUGUGGAGGAAAUUGCUGAGUUUGGAGAGCAGUUCAGAGAGCUCUUCAUUAAAUCUAGUUGCUACAGUCUGGUCCCCAUCACUGUGGGUGCUGCUGGGCCCAUCAUCAGCUGGGUUUUCUCCUCUGCACCAAAGAGCAUCUCCUUCAGCGUGGUGUACCGAGAGAGCACAGACAUACCAAUAGAGCAGGCCAAGGUCCUGAUCCCCCUGACCAGGUGUAACUCUCAUAAAGAAAGUAUGCAGGGCCAGCUGAAAGCACGCAACCCUGGAGAAUACUCACUCAUCUUCGACAACUCCUUCUCCAGGUUCAUCUCAAAGAAAGUGCUUUACAGACUCAGCGUGGAGCAGCCGCUGGUCUACGAUGGCAGCGACUGUUCGUAACUGAGAAGCUUCCCUCGUACACAUGCUUCUGUAUGUACUGGGUCUAGAGGCUACUACUCUUUGAGAGAUCUCUAAUGACUCUAUUGAUGUUGCUAUCUAGCCUCUUGCAUUUUCAUGCAGUCACUUAAAAGCCACAUUCAUUCUGGGAGCACUGACCACUAAUGCCAUAUCAGUACACCCUCAACAAAGACAUGAUCCAAUGCCACAUAUCAAAAUGGCAAGCUUUAAAAGUUAAUAUGGCACCAUACUUGCCCUCUGGGGAACAGAACGGCAGGUAUAAAGUGGUCAAGCCCACUGGCUUGUAGUGGACUGUGUGGUCAGUAGAAUAGGUUUAGUGUGAAGAAGGGUUCUGACACGACAUGCACUACAAUAUAAGCUUUAUUACUGAGCUGAAUUGCAGGGAAGAUGUCGAACGUGGAAUAGUAGCUAUUUUUAUAGAUACAGUGUUGAUCAACAGACAAAUAUGCAGCCAUAUAGUACAAUUAGGGAUUAUGAACACAAGCAUAUCUGACAUACACUACUGUUCAAAAGUUUGGAAUCAGUGUUUUCAAUAACGUAAAAACAAUGUGGAAAAAUGAAGAAAUGCUAGAUGUAUCUGUUUAACAUUCAUAAUUAAGUUGUAAUAAAAUUAUUAUUCAGAAUGAAAUAAAAGCAAAUAAAUGUCUAGAGUGAAAUUCUAAUACAAUGAUUAUCUAGAAAUAAGUUAUAACAAAAAAAUUAACUUCUAGAAUUUUGUUUUGAUAAAUUAACAUCCAGAAUUAAGUUAUAUGAGAGUUAUGACCUGACAAAAAUUACUGUAAAUAUUUACUGUAAAUUAUUUAUUAUUUAACAACUUUGUUCUCCUUGUUGUUCAAAUGCUUGAAGUG